AUGGAAAAGCUAGUAAUUCACAUAGACCUCAGAAACACUACCCUCGUAGCUGAUACAUUUACCAACACCGGAGUGGAGACGUGCCUUGCAUCCUACCUAAGCAGUGUGGCCUGGGGGAGUGUCGAUUCGAAAGAUGGAACAUGGAGAAUGACUCAUGAUGUCCUGUCUCUUAAACAGCCAGAGAAUGGACUCAUUUCCUUUUAUAACCACAUAGAAAUGCAGGCUCGAGACACAGCAGUUGAUAGAAUAAAAAUCAGAGAGUUGACAGGGAAGUUUGUGGAAUCAGAUUCUGGGGUUAAAGUGAGGCAAAUUUACAAAAAACUGCUCGACAAACUUCAAUGGCAGCAUAAAGACACAAGAUGGACUCAAUUCUUCAUAGAGGGGGAAUCCCGAGUGAAAUAUCACUUCAUUCUUCCUUCGCUGUACUACCUUCUCAGACACUUGGUAGUAAAAAAUGUCAACUUUUCUCUUGUGAUUCGCACUUUUGGCAUGGACUGUCCUCAAGCUUUGGAAUGUGUCCAACUUUUUCUACAAAAUCGUCAUCCAAUGUAUAAAAUAAAUACUCGUCGGGAAAUCAGCGUGAACAGGAAGCCAUUCCACAUUCGCAGAAGCAGCAGUCCGCAUAAAAUAAAAUUACUCGACUCGGAGGGGGAGACGAUCUGCAGAAAUACUGGGGAAUUCUACAACUGGACGGUCUUAACGGAAGGCAUAACAGGAAUUGUAGACGAAUACUCCACGUGGGAAUUGAGUGGCUACUCACUCAAUUGGGGAAAGCCAUUUUUUGUCAGCGAUAGAGACAAAAUAAAGCAAGUCAUAUUCGACGACAAUGCCAGACCUUGUGAUGAACACAGCAUCGUAAAUUUGAUAAAACACGACGAGAAUGAAUUCAGGGACUUGAACGUGGAGGAAGGCUUCCAGUACUUUGAAAAGAACGUUUUUCAGGUCGAUUUGAUUGCUGCAAUAUUGAACGAUUUAUAUUUUGUCAAUAAACUAUCACUAUAG